AUGCGCCCGGUCGUCUACCUGAAGAACCGUGUCUCCAAGGGCUGGUCGCCGGCUGAAGAGUACAGCCAGGCUAAGCCCAUCCCAGAGGAGGAGAAGACGUCCUUUCGCAACCGCCUCGUGCCCAUCCUCGUCGCCUCGCCGCCACAGGUGCGCAUACAACUCAUCCCUACCCUGCAGAAGAUCCUUGCAUACGACUUCCCCACCAAGUGGCCCAACUUCCUCGACAUCACCGUACAACUUCUGAAUGCUGGCGAUAUCGCCUCCGUCUUCUCGGGUGUCCAGUGUCUACUGGCGAUAUGCAAAAUCUACAGGUUCAAGUCGGGCGAGAACCGCGCAGAUUUCGACAAGAUCGUCGCCCUGUCUUUCCCCCAGCUGCUCAACAUUGGCAAUUCUCUGGCAGGCGAAACGAGCCUCGAAGCCGGCGAAAUAUUGAGGACCGUGUUGAAGGUGUACAAGCACGCAAUCUACUUUGACCUCCCCGCGUCUCUGCGCGAGCAGCAGGUCAUGGUCGGCUGGUUGACCCUUUUCCUCACCGUUGUCGGCAAGGACCCCCCACCGACCUCCCUCCCCGAUGAUCUAGACGAGCGGGAGACGAACCAUUGGUGGAAGGCGAAGAAGUGGUCAUAUGCCAAUCUCAACAGAUUAUACGUUAGAUAUGGCAACCCGUCAGCACUGGGCAAGAACAACGAAAUCGACUAUACCGAAGUUGCAAAGAACUUCAUCGCCAAUUUCGCGCCAGAGAUCCUCAAGGUCUACCUACAACAAGUAGAGAAAUGGGUCGGAAAGCAGGUCUGGCUAUCAAAGGCCAGCUUGUACUACACACUCAAUUUCCUUGACGAGUGCAUCAAGCCAAAGUCCAUGUGGACCCUGCUCAAGCCUCACACAGACAACCUCAUUGCACAUCUCGUCUUUCCUGUGCUGUGUCAGUCGGAUGGGGAUAUUGAACUUUUCGAGGAGGAGCCGCAAGAGUACCUGCACCGAAAGUUGAACUUCUACGAAGAUGUGACAUCGCCUGACGUCGCCGCUACCAAUUUCUUGGUCACGCUGACCAAGAGUCGCCGAAAGCAAACGUUCACCGUACUGAACUUCGUCAACGAAGUGGUCAACCGAUACGAGGCUGCGCCGGAUAACGAGAAGAACCCCCGCGAGAAGGAGGGCGCGCUACGCAUGCUGGGAACACUAUCGGGCGUGAUUCUCGGAAAGAAGAGCCCAAUCGCAGAUCAGGUCGAGUACUUCUUCGUUCGCCACAUCUUCCCAGAGUUCCGCAGCCCUCACGGAUUCCUCCGUGCUCGUGCUUGUGAUACGCUCGAAAAGUUCGAACAACUCGACUUCAAGGACCCAGCCAACCUCAUGAUCAUCUACCGCAAUAUUCUUGAAUCAAUGGCCGAUCCUGCCCUCCCUGUCCGUGUAGCUGCCGCCCUAUCGCUUCAGCCAUUGAUUCGCCAUGACAUGAUCAGGACGAACAUGAAGGAGAAUAUUCCUCAAGUCAUGCAGCAGCUGUUAAAACUGGCCAACGAGGUUGAUGUGGAUGCUCUCUCCAACGUCAUGGAAGACUUUGUCGAGGUAUUCGCACCAGAAUUAACGCCAUUCGCAGUCGCCCUUAGCGAGCAAUUGCGCGACACAUACCUGCGCAUCGUGCGCGAACUUGUGGCGAGAAAUCAAGAAAAGGGUGAGGAGAGCGAGUAUGGUGACUACCUGGAUGAAAAGAGUAUUACCGCGCUCGGUGUCCUGCAAACCAUUGGAACCCUCAUCUUAACACUCGAAAGCACACCCGAUGUUCUGUUACAUCUCGAGACGAUUCUCAUGCCUGUCAUCACUAUUACGCUCGAGAACAAGCUCUACGACCUUUAUAACGAAGUCUUCGAGAUUAUCGACAGUUGCACGUUUGCGGCUAAGAGUAUUUCAGGAACCAUGUGGCAGGCAUUCGAGCUGAUCCACAGGACUUUCAAGGCUGGUGCAGAGCUCUACCUUGAAGAUAUGCUGCCCGCUCUCGAAAACUUUGUCAAUUACGGCACCGCCACUUUGAUCCAAAAUCGCCUGUACCUUGAUGCGAUUGUGGACAUGGUACGCACCAUCUUCAAGGACGACAAGGUUGGUGGUGUAGACCGCAUCUGCGGUUGCAAGCUUUCCGAGAUCAUCAUGCUCAACAUGCGUGGCCAUGUCGACGACUUUGUACCGGAGUUUAUUGCCUUGGCGAUGCAGGUCCUGACCAAUGAUGAGCUCAAAGUCAAGUCUCUUCGAAUCCAUUUAAUGGAAGUAGUCAUCAACGCCAUCUACUACAACCCCGCUUUAGCACUCCAUGUUCUUGAGGGCAAUGGCUGGACAAACAAAUUUUUCAGCUUCUGGUUCUCAAGUAUCGACAACUUCACUAGAGUCCAUGACAAGAAGCUCUGCAUCUCAGCCAUUUGCGCUCUUCUCUCUUUGGCACCACAAGACGUACCCGUCAGUGUGCAGCAAGGGUGGCCGCGUCUGCUUCAGGGUGUUGUUCGUUUGUUCCAAACCCUUCCUGCAGCUUUGAAGAAUCGGGAGGAAGCCAAGAAGGAGGACAAUUUCGACUUUGCUGGCGAAUACGACGAUGAGGAAGAGGAUGAGGAAUGGGAACAAGAAGCCGAUUGGAACAACGAGGCAGAUGAGCAAGAAGACAUCAAGGAUGAGAGUGCCGCUUAUCUCGAGUUCUUGAACGAAGAGGUGAGUCCCGAGGAACUGGCCAGACUCGCAGCUGCUGACGAGUUGAAGGCCCAGAAGUUCUCCUCUGUUGAUGACGAUGAUGAUGAUGAGCUGGAGGAGGAGAGUCUUCUUGAGACGCCCCUCGAUAAGGUCGAGCCCUAUGGCAUGUUUAAGCAUGCACUGCUCCAACCUGACUCCAGAAGAGCAACAAGUCGUCCAAGGCGCUGUGCACCAGGCUGA